AUGUGCGUAAGUACUAGUACACCCAGCGGUUUCCCCGUCCCGGCUUCCGCGGGACAGGAUCAGGGUUUGAUUUUGAUUUUUCGCUUCCUCCGUCUGCCCGGGCCAGGACCACGACCACGACCACGACCACGACCACGACCACGACCACGACCUGGACCUGAACCAGAACCUGGACCCAGACCCAGACCCAGACCCAAACCCGGACCUGGACCUGGACCUGGAUCUGACAUCCCCGGAAACCGGCGGGAAACCGGGACGAGGGGGACGAGAGAAAAAAAGAAGACGAAAAGGAAGGAGAAGAAGAAAGUCUAA